GUCUGUGAGGCGCGUAAUGGCGGCGGGUGGCUGGAGCUGGUUCCGCGCCUUGGCGCUCGGCGUCUCCUUCCUCAAGUGCCUCCUCAUCCCCACGUAUCAUUCCACAGACUUUGAAGUGCACCGGAACUGGUUGGCCAUCACGCACAACUUGCCUCUGUCUCGUUGGUACUAUGAAGCAACUUCAGAAUGGACCCUGGAUUAUCCACCUUUUUUUGCUUGGUUUGAAUAUGCAUUGUCACAUAUUGCCAAGUACUUUGACCCGAAGAUGUUGGUUAUUGGAAAUCUGAAUUACACCAGUCCUGCAACCAUCUUCUUCCAAAGAUUUUCUGUCAUCUUCACAGAUGUUCUCUUCAUAUAUGCAGUUCGUGAAUGCUGCAGAUGUGUGAAUGGGAAGCGAGCUGCAAAGGAUAUUCUGGAAAAACCAACCUUUAUUCUCGCUGUUCUGCUCUUGUGGAACUUUGGGCUGUUAAUUGUGGAUCACAUUCACUUUCAGUACAAUGGCUUUCUGUUUGGCCUGAUGCUUCUCUCUGUUGCCCGACUGUGUCAGAGGAGAUAUCUGGAAGGUGCUCUUCUUUUUGCUGUUCUUCUGCAUUUCAAACACAUCUACUUAUACGUGGCCCCAGCUUAUGGCGUUUAUCUGCUGCGCUCCUAUUGUUUUACUGCAAGUAAUGCAGAUGGAUCUGUGAAGUGGAGGAGUUUCAGCUUUCUUCGUAUAACCCUUCUGGCAUUGAUUGUCUGCCUUGUUUCUGCCGUUUCAUUGGGCCCCUUCAUAGUAUUGGGCCAGCUGCCUCAAGUGGUUUCACGCCUCUUUCCUUUCAAGCGAGGCCUGUGCCAUGCUUAUUGGGCCCCGAACUUCUGGGCUCUGUACAGUGCUGUGGAUAAAGCACUCACACUUGUUGGCUUGAAGUAUAACUUUCUCGAUCCCACAAAAAUUCCUAAAGCCUCGAUGACAGGAGGGCUGGUUCAAGAAUUUCAGCACACUGUCCUUCCUUCUGUGACUCCACUGGCAACAUUAAUCUGUACUUUCAUAUCGAUAUUGCCCUCUGUUUUCUGUCUUUGGUUUAAACCUCAAGGGCCCAGAGGCUUUCUUCAGUGCCUUGUUCUCUGUGCAUUGAGCUCCUUCAUGUUUGGCUGGCACGUGCAUGAAAAAGCAAUACUCCUUGCUAUUCUGCCUUUAAGCUUGCUGUCUGUUCAGAGAGCGAAGGAUGCUGGCAUCUACUUGAUUCUAACAACCACAGGGCAUUUCUCACUUUUUCCAUUGCUGUUCACAGCACCAGAACUUCCAAUUAAAAUACUGCUUAUGCUGCUGUUCAGCGUUUAUAGCUUCUCUUCACUGAAAUCGCUGUACAGGAGGGAGAAGCCUCUCCUGAACUGGCUCGAAACAAUCUACCUCAUCCAUCUGGUGCCUUUGGAAAUCUUCUGUGAAAUUGUAUUUCCUCUGACCCCCUGGAAACCGCGGUUUCCUUUUGUCCCCCUGUUGCUGACCUCUGUUUACUGUGCUCUGGGCAUCACGUACGUGUGGCUGAAACUUUAUGUCUCCGUCUUAUCUGAAAGAACUUCUAUUAGACAGAAGGCUGAGUAACGUCACGUUGGUGGGAGCCAUCCCAGCUUGUCCCUUUGAGAUGAUCAAGCACUGUGAGGGGUUGUCGUAAGGACAUCUGCUGUCUUGCUGGCUGAAUGUGUAUUGUCUCCAUCAGGGAAGUUUCUCCCAACGCUUCUGUACUGUCCAACUGCGAUACCUCUGCUUGGAAUCACUCAUCACAGCGAGAUGCAGCAUCAUGCAAAGAACUUUGUAUUUGUACUGACUGCGAGAGGUCCAGACUUCUGCCCUGGGCAAAACCUGCCCGCCUUUCACAUUACUCUUUGUAAUUUGCCAUUCUAUUUUUGUUAACAUACAGAAGAUCAUUGCUGCGUAGAGGUGAGCAUUGUCACAGCAUACUGCACAAUGUGUAAAUAAAAACUUGGUAUUUUUAUUCCGA